AUGAGAGCAGUGUUUUGUGAUGACCCUCUACCUGACAUGUUGCAUGGACCCGUGGACAUGACCGAUUUAGAUUCUUUCACACGCAACCGUGAGUCUUCAAUUGUCAGUGCUGUGGACCUCACCCAGUCGUCACCUCAGCCGGCUUACAUGAGUGCUGUACAAUGUUUGAGGGACUUGGACUACAUUGAUCAGAAACGUGCUCAGAUGUCUCUGGCAGCAUCUCAUUGGAUGGAAAUCUUGUCACUGGAUUGGAAGGCAUCACAGGUUGGGGAGCAAAUUUCAGCAGACCUGCAGGAAGAUCCAACUGGAGACCUUGCUGAACAGACGUUGCGUGCAGUUUUUGGUACAAAGUUUUGCAAGUUUGUGUUGGGACUCUACCGCAGUGAUGACAUUCUUGCCUCAAAGAGACUGAAUGGAUUUGCAGCAGUGGAGAGGAGAGAGAAAGGGCCUUUGAAUCAAGCGCCGCCUUUGGAGGUGGAACACUUACAGCGUUUGCAUGAGAUCUUGGACAAGGGCGCAAAUGACAUAGACCGCAUAGGUGCAGGAGCGUUUCUCUGUGCCAUCUAUGCAAGGGCAAGGCCGUUGAGCACCAGUGAGGCAGCGGCAUGGCUCAAGAGACUUUUGGCUGGGUGCAGCGGGGCAAGUACCAUCAGAGCGCACUCAAUGAAAGUGACGUUGUGCGUUUGGGCUGCAAGAGCUGGAUUUAGCAAGGAGCAUCGUGCGACCUUGAGUCACCAUGCAACUGCUUUGAAUGGGUCAGACAUUGUUUAUUCGAGGGAACUUCAAACUGGAGCAAUUCGCAAAUUACAGAUGCUUCUGAAAAAGAUCCGAGUUGGCUUGGACCCAAGGUCUGACAAAGAGCCUUUGCAUGAAAUCACAGCUGCAUUUGACUCUGGUCACAGAAGCGUUGUCAGGACGCCGAUGGUUGAGGCACAUGCUCCAAGCACACCGAUGCCUGCAGCAGAGCCCAGCAGGGAGCAGCAAGACGCUCCCACGGAGUGCAAGGUUGAAACUUCCUUGCAUGACCUGUGCAUGAUUGCUUCCAGUGAAACCGCCCCAUUUGGCGAUGUCGUGCGAGACCAAGGCCUGAUUGCCAUUGACAGCUCAUCUGGCAGUGGUUCAACUGACAGUAGCAGCGAUGAUGAUGAUAGCUCAGACGAACACUUUUCAAAUGCUAUGCCUAUUCCUGUGUACUCAGAGAAAGUUCCAGAGGGCUACAGUUUUCAUGUGCACAAGAAGAGCAAGAUCAUGCAUCGAGCUCGGUCUGGAGCCCAGAACACUGUCUGCAAAACAAAACUGAACGAAAACUACACGGAGACAGCAAGAGAGAUCAAUUUCAAGUACCCAAAAUGCAUGCGUUGUUUUGUGCGUGACCACAACCGACUAACAACAGUCGACGCUGUGGUUGAUGCCUUGAGAGACUCUGCAAAGAGACGCAAAGCGCUUGACGUUGACACCUUCCUCCUCAACGCCCUAGGCCGUGCUCCGGUGAUAGCAGAAAACAAUGCAGUGCGAAGGCUGGCAUUCGAAGCUCAGACCAUUUUGGUAGCGAGCUUGAGGCAGAUCGUUGAUCAAAAGGAAGAUGGGGCACCAAGGAAAAUUGGAUCGGCAGAAAGAGAGACCCGUAUGGCUGCAAUCCGUACGGAGCUAGCUGGAGUCAUGAUAGUUGACGAAAGCGAGCCAUCACAUAGCUUGCUGGAGAAGACCUGUCAGAUCUUCGAGACCAACACUUUGAAAUACCUCGAACCUGCAGCUUGCACUUCGAGGGCACAAGAAGUUCAAGGUGGAACCAAAACGAAGGAAUUAGCCUUCGAAGGUGGUUCAUUGAUUGUGAAGGACAAGGAGGACAAGCUUGUUGCUCCAACGGCCAGUGAACUACAGAUUUUGAACGCGAUGACAAGGAGAGGCAUUGCAUACAAGUUUGCUCGUCUCAUGACAUACGAGCAGCAUGCAACAUGGACCAACUUUCUGUUGCAGGCGCUUCAAAGAGAGGCACCUCCUGGGUACAGCAAACCAUCGCUUCAUCAACUGAUGCUUUGUGACAAAGCUGCCUUCACAAAGCUUGCAUCAGUCAUGCCAACGGUGAGGCAGACCAGUGCACCUGCAGCUAGUGCCAGGUCAGCGCCUUACACCACGGGCGCGGUUGCGACGCAGCAAGAGAUGGAGAACGAUGCCCUAAAGGAUGGCACCUUUGUGCAGAACCGAAAUGUCUCCAGCCACAUGGACUUAGUGCUCAUCCAAAGAAGGCUUCUUGACGGUGUCCGAAAGACUGGGCUGUUGAUGAAGGAAAUCCUAGAGAGUUUACAAUAUGAAGAUACUGAAGCCCUCAAGAUUCUUGAGGAAGGGUCCACCCUGGCUGGUGAAAUUGAGGGAGCAAAAGUUUUUCAACAGGCAUACAAACCUUGCCUUUCAACACUGGAGCAGUUGGAAGAAAACGCUGAAAAGAGGAACAUGUUUGUUUUGAAAAUGACAAAGAGUUCUUCAUCUCUUGAAUUGGAUGCGGCAGUGCUGCAGGAAACAAGAGAUGAGGUCAGCAAAGGUUGGGCAGAUGGCCCUUGGCGUUUGGAUCAGCUUGAAAAAGGUGCAACAGUGUCUCGAAGAUUCCCCCUAGCUCAGGGGGAGAAAGUUCGAAUGAUUGAUGACUACUCCGUUUCAGGAGUCAAUGAUAGUUGCACUGUGAACUCCAAACUGGACUUGCACAUGAUCGACACAUUUGUAGCAGUAAUCAAAGCUUACUUCGAGCAGAUGAAAGGAGCUGGAGCUGACAGUAGCCUUCUUGCAAAGACGUAUGACCUUAAAGCAGCGUACCGCCAAAUACCGGUGCGCAAGGACCACUUGAAGUACGCCUACUUCAGCAUCUACAAUCAUGAGCUUGAUUCGGUAGAAAUCUACCGCUCACGAACAUUACCAUUUGGAGCGACCCACAGUGUUUACAGUUUCUUGAGGCUUGCCAAAAUGUUGCACUUCAUUGCGUGCAAAGGGCCGCGGCUGUUGACGACGAAUUUCUACGACGAUUUUAUUCUUGCAAGCGGCCCAGAUCUGCAAGAUUCUUCCAAGAAUUGUCUUGAGUUGGUCUUUUUGUUUACUGGUUGGGAAUAUGCAAGGGAAGGAAAGAAAGCAACCUCCUUCUCGGACGUUUGUGCGGCCCUGGGAGUUUCGUUUGACCUUAGGGAGUCCAAAGAUGGAAUCCUGGAGGUUAAGAACACUGAGAAGCGAAUCCUUGACCUGACCGAACAGCUGGAGCAGGUCAAGGCAGAUUUUGAUGAGGCACGUUUGUUGGCGAAAACAUCGAUUCCGAAGGAACCAGAAAAGAAGAGGAAGAGAGCUCACACAACUACAGCGUUUGUACGAUGGUACAACGUGAAGACACAGAGUGCAGGCUUCACCACCGACGUGUCCAAAAUGCGUGUGAAGGCUCACACAACUACAGCGUUUGUACAAUGGUACAACGUGAAGACACAGAGUGCAGGCUUCACCACCGACGUGUCCAAAAUGCGUGUGCAGCAGCGGACAUUGAACAGACAUGAAACUUUAAAACUGAAAGAACGGCUUGGGUUCGCAGACGGAUUCUUGCAUGGACGGCUGGGAGCUUUGGUGCUCAAAAGGUUGGUGGAUCACGCAUACAGCUUUAGCAAUGUGGUUGAUGCGGAGUUAGCAACUGUUUUGGAGCUCAUGAUAAAGCGUUUGCGUUGUGCUGGCCCCAAAAGAGUGGAUGCAAAUACGGUGAAUGAAUGGAGCAUCUUCACAGACGCUUCCUUCGAAAGUCAGCAGUGUUCAGGAGGUCUUGGAGGAGUUCUUGUCGAUUGCUUGGGAAAUUGCCGAGCGUGGUUUUCUUUGAAGCUUGGAACGGAUGAGUGCAAGCUGUUGGGAGCUGACAGCAAAGAAACAAGAAUAUAUGAACUGGAACUGCUGGCGUGUUGCGUAGCUAUGGACAUGUGGGGCGAUAUUUUGGCCUCAGCAUACCCGGUGCUCUAUGGAGACAAUGACAGCGUGCGAUCAGCGCUGAUCAGAGGUACUGGCCUUGGACUGGUUGCUGAAGUCAUCAUGAAGCAACAUCUUGAAACGGAGGUAAAUUACAAUACAAACAUUUGGUUUGCACGCGUGCCGUCGGAGGCGAACAUAGCUGACAUACCGUCACGAUUCCUUCAACAUCCUUUCUUGCAAUCCUCAAUGGAUGAGUCGUGCAAAUCAAUGCAGAGCUUGGUGAAAUUCUUAAAGAAGGUGAAACUGGCUCGCGAAGAGGUGAAGAGAAAGGGGGAGGCAAUCACCUCGACGCUCCCCAAGUUUAAAAAGGAGAAGUCCGACAGCAGCUGCACCAAAUGA